AUGUCGACCAUGACGUUUCAGUCUAUGCCGAUUCCAUCAACGUCUGCGGCCGGAGGAAGCACCUUGAGUACAGCGGACGGGACAGAUAACGAUAUAACGCCCUCAUCAAGUCUGAAUACACGCUCUGGUGCCGCAAAAUAUCGUGGGGCGUCUGUAGAGGAUCUGCAACUGGGACCGGCAUUUGCACUCUCGAAGAACCAGAAUGUCAUGCAGGCAAUCGAACUUGCAUAUGAUCGAGACUUUUCGUACCUGCCGAUCUUGGAUCGUAAUCGACGUCCCUUGGGCUACAUUAAUGUCCCAGCCCUCAAGCAAGCUUGGGAAGCAGGCCAGAUCGAUGCGGAUGCGCCAGUUCAAAACGUAGCAACCAAAUUCGACCGUAGUUCCAAAACCGGAAGGCCGUAUUCAAUCAUUACGCCUGAUACGCCUUUGGAAGAAUUGGAAGAGUUUCUGAGGACAAAUGAUUUUGCCCUCGUGACAGACCACGGACGCAAGUUUGUCCUCGGCGUCGCAACGAAACAGGACCUGGAUAAUUUUGUGACCCGACGCGGCAAUGCGUUCUAA